CAAGCACAGAGCGGGGAGCUCGCGCUUCUCGCUUCACCUCUGAUGGACUUGAGAUAAGAGAAGACCGGGCAGCGUCUCUCAUUUUCAUGCCCUGGGUGUUAGUUACAUAGCAAGAAAUAAACUGCUCUCAUGGUCUUAACUGUUCUAGCGCCGAUUUUAAUGUGUUUUAUGUGUUUGCGCUCAACAGUGAGGUAGACUUAUUCGGGCACAUUUCAGAGUGUCAGCGUGUGAUUUAUCCCGUGGAUGCGGCUGUCGAUAUCCAUAUGAGCCCUGCAGGAUCAGCCUGUCACAGGGCAUCAUGAUGGCUCUGGCUCUUCAUAAGUGGAUGAGGAAUAUUUCUCCAGAGAUGCUGCUCCUGGUGCCGAUAUUGUGUUCUUUACCUCUGUCAGGAGCGGCUCCUUCUCUCACUACCGAGCAGCUGGACAUGGGGGUGGACUGGCUGAGUAAGUUUGGGUACCUUCCUCCACCUGAUCCUGUGACUGGCCAGCUUCAAACCAAGGAGGCUCUGACCAAGGCCAUCAAAGCCAUGCAGAAGUUCGGAGGGCUAAAGGAGACUGGAGUCUUGGACCAAGCCACACUAGGUCUAAUGAAAACACCCAGAUGUUCUCUGCCUGAUGUGUCUGACAUAGAGGGGGCAAUGGGACGCAGGAAACGAAGCUUGAAUCCUCAGAACAAAUGGAAUAAGAGGCAUCUAUCCUGGAGAGUGAGGACCUUUCCUAAGGAUUCAGCCUUACUGGGCCGGGACACUGUUCGAGCCCUCAUGUACUACGCCUUAAAGGUCUGGAGUGAUAUUGCACCUCUUAACUUCCAUGAAGUAGCCGGCAGUGAUGCGGAUAUUCAAAUUGACUUCACUAAGGCUGACCACAAUGAUGGAUACCCUUUUGAUGGGCCCGGGGGCACAGUGGCACAUGCAUUUUUCCCUGGAGAGAGGUUUACUGCUGGGGAUACACACUUCGACGAUGACGAGGCCUGGACAUUUAGAUCACCAGAAUCUCACGGGAUGGAUCUGUUUGCAGUUGCGGUCCAUGAGUUUGGUCAUGCCAUCGGUCUGGUGCACACAUCAGCCAUGGAGUCCAUCAUGAGACCAUACUACCAGGGUCCUGUGGGAGACCCACUGAAAUAUGAUCUACCCUAUGAGGACAAAGUCAGAGUCUGGCAGCUCUAUGGUGUCAGAGACUCAGUGUCCCAUACAAAUCGACCGGGCAACCCCUCCCAGACAGCAGAGCCUCCAGUUCUACUGGACCUUCCUGAAAACAGAUCCACACUCCUACUGGCUCGAGAUGCUCCAGAUAGAUGCACCAGUCACUUUGAUGCUGUGGCCCAAAUACGAGGGGAGGCCUUCUUUUUUAAAGGGAAGUACUUUUGGCGGCUAACUCGAGAGAAGCACCUAGUAUCUCUUCAUCCUGCUCAGAUUCAUCGUUUCUGGAGGGGUCUUCCUCCCAAUCUGGACAGUGUGGAUGCUGUAUAUGAGAGACCAGGGGACCACAAAAUAGUAUUUUUCAAAGGUUUGAAAUACUGGGUAUUUAAAGACAAUAAUGUAGAAGAGGGUUACCCUCGUCCAAUCAGUGACUUUGGCUUACCACUAGAGGGAGUGGAUGCCGUCUUUGUUUGGGUGCACAACGACAAAACGUACUUUUUCAAGGACAACCACUAUUGGCGCUAUGAUGACCACUUGCGACGUAUGGACCUGGGCUACCCUAAAGAUAGCUCACUAUGGAAGGGGCUGCCUCCACACCUGGAUGAUGCCAUGAGGUGGUCUGAUGGCUCAUCCUAUUUCUUCAAAGGGAAGGAGUACUGGCGAGUGCCAGGCAGCGACAUGGAGGUGGAGGCAGGAUACCCCCGCCUCAUCGCAAAGGACUGGCUGCUGUGCACAGAAAUGCAGUCGGACUCUCCGGACACGCAGCCCAAAAGCACAGAGACGAGAGUCAACGUGCACCAUCACCCAGACCACGCAGAGAAUGGAUAUGAGGUGUGCUCCUGCACCUCUGACACCGCCUCACCUUUAGGUGCCCGCCCAUCCCCAUCUCCCAUCUGGCUGCUGCCGCCUCUCUGGACCCUCUUACUGGCACUCCGCUCUGAACUGCUAUGAUGCUAAAGGAUGGGACACAGCUCUCAAGCUGGGUGCAAGAGAGACAAUUAUUAGCGAAGGGCCAGUGGACACAUACUAAAAUACAAACUGGAAACAUUCACUCAUAUAAAUAUCGAUUGGUAUGUUUUUGCUAUUAUUUUGUUGUUAUUUAUUUCACAUGCCAUUUGAUGGUCAUCUAAAGCGCCUUGCAGUAUGGGAUGUACAUACCAUUGUCAUACUAUCAAACUAAGGUACAACUGAUAGUUAUCAAUACAUCCACAAUCACAAUGUUAGUGCUGUACUUUAUAAAUUGUUAUAUUUGUGUUUUUUGUUUGUUUGUUUGCUUUUUGUUUUGGGGUUUUUUUUGAAUGGCUAAACUGGCUAAAUUCUGAGAAGGUUAAUUGAGUAGAGAUUGUUUUUCUCGUGUGCACCAAGUUUACAGCAAUAAUGAAUGGUUUUUGUUUGAUGUAAGGUGAUAAACAAUAUAUAAAAUUUUGAAAUGUGGAAAUCUGGUAAUAAUAGACAUUUUUGAGAAAUAUGUUUCCCUUGCUGAGAGUUAGAUAUGAACAUUGAUGCCUCUUUGCUUCAGAAAGUCUAGAAAAAGGAGGGGAAUAGCUAGCUGACCUCAGGCUCAUGAAUUAUAGUAAAUUGUUUGUAAUUUACAAGUCAUUUACAUGCUUUAAGCCAAUUUCUUUACCUUCCGAAAAUGCCAUAAAUAUUUAAUUACCUAUUUUCUCAUCUAACUGUCAGCAAGAAAGUAAAGAAGCAUAUUUGCCAAAAACAUGUCUGCUUUAAAUAGUGCCUGGAAAGUAGGCCUUCCUACCAGGCUGCUAUCUGCCUUCCAAUACUCUCCUCCAAAUAAUUUUUUAUGUUUGGUUUUAGUCUGACUACAGUUAACAUGAUGGACUUGUUUGGGAUUCUGAUUCACCUAUCCAAGAGAAAAAGACAGUAUUUUUACGCAACCUGAUAUGAGAACCUGCCAGAAAGACUCAAGCCAGGGUAAAGAAUGACAUCUUGGGAUAUAAAUACUGUAGUUAGACAUCUGACUGACACCCUGGCACAUAUCUAGGCAGCUGGGCAAAAAAAGUACCCUGUGGAUGUGCUGUAGAUAGUUUACAGAUGAAUGGCCCUGUGGGAUCUUGACAGCCAGACUUAAAUGGCAUACUUGGAUGUCAACAGGUAGAUGAGUGACAUUUGGGGUUGUAAACAGGGAGACAGGUGAAUACCACCCACUACAGCUACAUGCUGGAAAGGGCACUUUGGGAUUUGGAAAACAGACAAAUGAAUGUUAUUCGUGUUAGAAAGGCUCUCUCACGGUUGUUUAAUGCUAUUACCCUUGCUUUAAUCUUUUUACCUAUACUCCCACGCUCUUUGAGGAAAUAAUGUUCAUAUAUCUACACAAAGUCAUUAUUUUCACCGGAAGCAUUCCCCGCCAUUAUCGGAGGCAGUAUUCACCUCCAGUUUGUCGUAUUUUUUGUAAUUAAUACGGAUAGAUUGAGAGUCCAUAUUGCUUUGAUCAGAUUACAGCUCACGACUUCAAUCCAAGCUCCUACUGGUGACGUCAUUCAAAAACCUCACAAAACAGCAACCAGAUUUAUUGUUGCUGGUAUAUUUACCUACAGUUUAAAUAUAGACACAGAUAUAUUUCAAUGGAGAUGUUCCAUGGGUACUUCAAUCCAAGUGGACUGUGUAUAUUUCAAGCUGUGUUUUCUAAUGUAAAAUAUUUUUGUAGA